GUCAACCUUUCUUCCCUUCACACAUAAGCUUCCGAUAGUAGGACACAACAACCAUGGCCGAAACAAUCACUACAAUCUCACCCAUCACCAACAAGGGCAUCAUUGAGCGCAAGGGCCUCAGUGACUCGGAGCUGAGUGACUUGGCUAGCAGAUCCGCCGAAGCCUUCAAGACAUACAAGAAGACAUCGCUGGACGAGCGCAAGAAGUACAUCAAGAAGGCUCUGGACAUCAUCACAUCCAAGCAGGAUGAGCUCGCAAAGGAGAUCACUGAGCAGAUGGGUCGACCAAUCGCAUACACAGCCGUCGAGGUGAAGACUGCCGUCGCUCGUGGCGACUACUUGCUCAAGAUUGCCGACGACGCUCUAUCAGACACUCCUGGUGAGCCUCAAGAAGGCUUCAAGCGCUUUGUUCGCAAGGUCCCCCUUGGUCCGGUCCUCGUUCUCUUCCCUUGGAACUACCCAUACCUGACCCUGGUCAACUCAAUCGUACCCGCUCUCUUGUCCGGCAACAGCGUCAUCAUCAAACCUUCGCCUCAAACACCAACCAUUGCUGAGCAAGUUGUCGCUGCAUUCAACGAAGCUGGCCUCCCCAAGGACGUUAUCCAAUUCUUCCACUGUGGUGAUUUCCAAAAGAUCGAAAAGCUCGUCAAGAACCCCCAGAUCUCGCUGGUCUGUUUCACAGGCUCCGUCGCCGGCGGUCUCGCUGUACAGAAGGCCGCAAGCGACAGAGUCGAUUCUCGUGUCGGUCUCGAGCUUGGCGGAAAGGAUCCUGCCUACAUCAGACCCGACGUCGACCUUGCAUGGGCUGCUGAGGAGAUUGUGGAUGGUGCAGUCUUCAACUCGGGCCAAAGUUGCUGCAGUAUCGAGCGUGUUUACGUCAACGAGAAGGUCCACGACGACUUCGUCAAGGAGGUGCAAAAGGUCCUGGCCAACUACAAGCUAGGUGAUCCUUUCGACAAGUCUACACACGUUGGGCCAGUUGUCUCAAAGCGAUCGGCUGAGACUAUCCGCGCUCAUGUCAAGGACGCUGUCUCCAAGGGUGCCAAAGACGCAACCCCCCAGAACGCAUCCUUCGAAUCGCCUCCCGCUGAUGGUAACUACGUGGCUCCUGUUCUCCUGACCAACGUUUCGCACGAUAUGGAUGUCAUGACUGAGGAAACUUUUGGCCCUGUCAUUCCUGUCAUGAAGGUCAAGGAUGACGCCGAGGCCAUUAAAUGGAUGAACGACAGCCAGUUCGGCUUGACUGCCAGUAUUUGGACAAAGGAGACUGAAAAGGGUUACGAACUUGCUGAUGAGGUCGGGGCUGGAACUGUCUUUGUCAACAGAUGUGAUUACCCUGCUCCCGACCUUGCUUGGGUUGGUUGGAAAGACUCUGGCAAGGGUCAGACCCUUUCAAAGUUCGGAUUCGAUCAGUUCUCCAGACUGAAGAGCUACCACAUCAAGAACUACCCGAAAUAAAGGAAUAGCUCCACGUGGGACUGUGGCAUUUGAUAUAUGCAAGUAUCGACAAAGGGCCAUGUGGAUUCCUUAUCUCGAAACCUUAACAGGAAGGAAUGAGGCACGUUCACCAUCACCAUGCAGAGGGAUGUUUAGUUAGUACAGGGGCCAAGA